GGCAGGGGAGCAACGCCCUUCACUGCUUCAGCUGCCGUUCCUUUCUCCACUGGUCAAGGUUGUUUCACAUCUGAGGAGAAGAUUGUUCAUCAUUGGCGGUGGCCCUGUGCUUUUGUUCUGGUGAAUGUGGUGACUACGACAGGAUUCUGCAGAUUUGGGGAUCUAAGUUUGGGCGACAGCCUGGGAGGAGGCGACAUGGUCGUUCUUCCAGCACUGUUGAUUCGUCCGUGCAAGCAGGGCUGUGCUCCGGCCUCUGUCCCUGCGGAUUUGUCAACCCUUUUGGAGGAUCCGAGGCAAUUGAAGGCUACCUAGUGGCCAGGGAGGAAAGUUUGACAACACCCUAGGGACCUAGGAUAAAGCAAAGGAAAGGAGCACAUCUUAUGAGGCUGAGCAUACAGGCCAUCAUCUGCUGCUAGAUCUAUAGAAAGUAUUGAACAAAGGCAGGGGAACUCCUCUGCUGACUUGGCUGGUAUUGUCCUCAGCUCACAAGGCGGCUGCUGCGCCCUUGGACAUGCAGAGCAAUCCAAGGGCUCUCAAUCAGGAACCUGAGCCCAAAGGGUCCCCAUGUGCUAAGCCAGUCCGCACAUUCAGCUCAGCCACAUUCUGGAGCCUCAAAUUCAGCUUUUGAAAGCACCUCACCCUUCAGGCGUACGCCCCUUGAGAGAACAGGUAGACGAGAAGUCAUCAUGGGGCCUGAAUUGUGGCCUGAGGAGCGGGCGCCGAUGACCCCGCUCGUGACCAAGCACUUUGGCAAGGAGGUCUUCACCAAAACGCAGCAGUAUGACGACUUGGCUACGUCUGUCACGGUACCCCGCUCCCCAAUCACCCCCCGCCACAUCACAAAAGUGAUCCACACCCAGUUCGGCGCAGCGAAUGAUGUCAUCGCAGUCCUAGAGACCGAGAAGCAGAUCGACGGCUCUGGACGCAUCCAUGGUUUCUUGGACGUCCUCUCGCCUGAGGGCAAGAAAGUCCCUGCCCCUGAGCCGAUGCGCAUCGAGCUCAGUUUCACGAAACCGACCCCCCAGGAGGAAGAGAUCAUUGAGGAGCACCGGAAGACGCUCAUCUGGGCCGUGCGGGAUAUGGACGACGGCUUAUGGGGCCAGCUGCCGAAAGGCGUUGCUCGUUCGCUUCGCUUUGACACCGGUGCUACGGAGCAUGAUGACAAUGGCUUUGGGGACGGAGGCGGUGUCAGGCGGACAUCUUCAUACUCUGCCAAUGCAGCAGCGGCGCAUCGAGCGGCGGUCCCGUCGGCUUACCUCCAGCUCUACAGGCAGUUGGCGGAGUGGAUGGAGGGGUUCAGUCCAUCAGACGUGCGAGUGAUUCGGAGCCACCCGGUGCUAAAUGAGAACGGGAAGGUUUUGGUGGGGCAUGUUUGCACGGCGCAGCAGAUGUUUCUGCAUGAGGCGCAGGUGGACAUUUUCGACGUCUUCCUACACCAAGUCCUCGAGCUGUGGCUUCCCUUGCACCACAAAGCGCGCCCGGAGCCCUCCGGUCGGACUUUCAUCCCUUUCACCGUCCCCCCCGAAACCCCUAUCUCGUCCCCCUCUUCCUCUUCUGAGGGGGACACCCCCCCCCUCUCGCCAGAGCCAUCCUUCCUCCCCCCACCGCCAAUCAGCACCGCGUCCCUUCCCCUCACCAUGAACACUUUCGUUCGCGCGCGUAGGCUGACACUAGAUGCCCCCCCUGACGAAGAUGGAGAAGAACUCCUCCACGUUGGCGUCGACGCCCUCAUCAGGGGGGUGAAAAGGCCCCGUGCCGAGGCGACAGAACCCCCCCGGGAAGACACGUCGGUGCUUGCGCGUCUGGGGGAUCCCCAGGGGCGGGGCAUGAUGAGUUUCCUAGUGUUAAGGGACUUCGUCCUGCAGGGAGUCGAGUUCACCCCAGCCCCAGGGAUCAAGGUCUUGACACCGGCGAGCCACCGCGAGAGCCUCGACGCACGGGGCUUCAUUGCGUUUGAGCCGCAUCCCGAUGACAUUGCGCUGUUUGCGGGGGCGUUUGUGUGUGAGGCGAAGGGCGUGGUGCCCGUUCACAUGAUCAGCUGCAUGCCGGACCCGGCGGGGAUCACGGACCAGUACCUGGCGGACUUGCUCGCGCUGACCACGUUCGCUAUCGAUAACCCCAACGUCAGCAGCAGGCUGGUCCACGCCAAGCUUAUUGGGCGGUCCGUCUUCGGCGAGCGCAGCGAGGCGAGCGACGCGGCCGCCAAGCUGCGUGGCCUGUUCACACCGCGCGAGCAGCUCGCGCUGGCCAACCGGUUCAAGAUGAAUUUCCCUGCGUUGGAUAUGGGCGAAGUGGACCGGAUCCGGAACCUAUUCACACCGACAGACUGGCGGCGGCACAAGCGGAGCCUGCGCGUGUAUGAGGGGUACCUUGGCUUCCAGUACAUGGGCCAAGAGACGGACGAGACGGACUACACGAACAUGGUGUGGGACCUGCCGCUGGUCAAGGGCGCAUUCUCACCAAACGGCACCCUCCUUUCCUACUGGUCCAAGUACCAGGCGCCCAGCGAGAAAGACGCCAUGAAGUUGCGCCUGACGCUGCGCUCCCUCAAGCACAUGGGAACCGUCAUUUUGCCCGCCCCCCACCACCGACACCCGCAGCACCGCCAGCUGACGCGGGUCGCGCUUCCGUUGAUCCAAGAGGAGCUGCCUCACGCGAACAUCAUGCUGUACGAGGACCUCACCGGGUUCACGCACCUGCGUGCCAAUAUGCUGAACUGCAUCGAGGGCGGAACCGGCAUGUGGAUGGCCAAGGUUUGGGAGGCGUAUGGCAGCCAGGAGGCUCGGAACCCGUACCGCGCGAUGUGGUACAACCACGUCCGGCGGGCCGCUCUUCGAGAGGCUGACGUCAUCGAGGAGCAAGUGCACGACGAGAAGUGGCAGCACCUCGCGGAGCGUUUCGUCGUGGGCACUCUCAAAAAGGUUGCGGCAUAAUCGCAAUCAGGUUAGAUAUCUUGCGGCUUAACCCGCUUUCGUAAGUUGCACAUGCAGUGACCUGGUGUUGGCACUGAUGGGUGAGAAGUGGAGUUGUGGACAGCCGGGAUACGAGUCGUCCACGUUGACAGCAAAGGUGCGACCACUACUGCGCGCACCUUGUUUGUAAUAUAUAGCACUUGAAAUAAUCAGCACGCCACGAACGUUGAUACCUUACAAUGGGGUAGCAGAAAAAGCAAUCGGAGGCACGUUGAGCCCUCUAGUCCUUCUGAGUGUCCGGUCUGAUAGCGAUUUACAAUGCCAAAAAGCGGGUUAGAUCUGAGUGUCCUUGGAGGGAGAACGAAUACAGCCGUCAAAUAGGUGUUGACGAGUCAGAUCUUUUCCAAUAAAGCUGUAGUGAGUUCCCUUGCUUGAGCGUGUAGUGAGUUCCCUCGCGGAAAGACCAUGUCACGUCUGAGUAGUUCAAGCUACUAUGUUCGUGCUUUUCUUUGUAAGUAGGCAUUCAGCCAAUCGUCCUUGUGCGAG